AGCAGCACACGGUGGCUGCAUUAGCAAGGGCUCAUUUGUUUGGCCCCGUGUAGUCCCUUGCAGUGUGUAGCGCCGUUCACUGUGCGUGUAACGGGGCUGCCCGUCGUGUCAUUGUGUGUUUCAUUCUGUAUCAUUCGUUGUGCGUUGUGAUUUGUGCUAAAACUUCCCAUUCGUCAACCACCGAUCCCCCAAAACGGGUAGAAUUCAACCUGCGUGUGAGGUUUCGUAGCAGCGGCGCAAACAGCACAAUCCCACAAGGGUGCGUGAGAGCCAACCAGCAGCUAACACACCAACACACCGGUGGGAUCCAUUAGCCGUGUGCCGUCACGCCGUGCGUCGUUUCUCCCGUGUGUCUCGCCGUCCGGUUGUCAUGGUGUUCAAACGCCAAAGCGUGUCUCGUGUCGUUGUGUAGGCACGGGCUUUCCGCAAACCGCGAUGCGUACGCGAACGACGGCCGCCAGUUGAGUUCGAAGUUUGGUCGCGUACGGACGGGUCCCACACUGACGGCGGUCCGGACCAGUGGCCCUUUUCUUUUAAAUAUAAAGCGACCGGUCAGCGUGGCUCGGGAAAAUCGGUGGCAGCCCAACUCUCCCCCACAUUUGUUUUACCGUCACAGCUGCACACAACGCGAACACGUGUGCAAAGUGGCCAGUUUGUGAAAUGUGGCGCUUACCUCUAGAGGGACGUUUAAUGUUUUGAAAUCGAAUCUUGCUGCGUUUAAUGUGUAAUUGUUGUGUCUGUCCCUGAGAGCAUAAGAGCGUGCGGUAAAAUGCGUGAUCAGUGUUUACGCCCCCCAUCUUUAUGCGCGUUGAGAUAAAACGAAUUUGCUAGCGCUAUAGAUCCGCACAGGGGGACUUGCUUGUCUCCCCAGUUCUUUGCGUUUGUGUGUUACGUGCGUCUGUGGCUAUGUGUGUGUAAGUGGAUAUGUGUUUAGAAGGGCAGAAAAGUGUUCUACGAGAGAAGAUGACAAAUUUUGCAUUUAAAAAAGGAAAUCAUUAAUCGAAGCUGCUUACCCCAUUUCCUUGCUGUUGGGCGGGUUUUUGGCGAGAUUUAGCAACACGGGUGAAAUUUUACUUCCCCCGCUUCCCGCCCCUUUUCCCGGAAUUGCUACGAGCGAGUAGAAAGGAAACAUCGAGCAUGCGAUCGUGCUCUGGCGAGAAGAAAAGCGACAACGAGCAGCAUCAACGGCGAGGGUAGCUUCAAACGCCCCAAUCGCGUCAUCAAACGGUAGUGAAACGGUGCUCUGUGCGUGUAUGUGUGGUUGUGUGUGUGUGUCUGCAGUUUUUUUUUUGUUGCGUUAUCUCCUCCACCCUGCGUUGUUUUGCUUUGCACUUGUAUUGUGCCGGCGGAAAAUUGUGAAUGUGAAUGCGAAGAAGAGCCUGCAAGAGAUAGUGAUAGUGUGGUGCGGCGGAUGUAAAGCAAAAAAAUAUAUAUAUUGGGAGAAAAUCUAACAGGCAGGUGUGUGUGUGUGUUCACGAGAUAGUCGGCGCACGAGUCGAGAAAGUGCAGUGGCGGUGCAUACGCCGUUCGAAAAGGGAAGGAAAGAAAUCUAGACGCAAGCUACGAACCCCCCAGCGCAAGAUGAGGAUCCGCAGUUUGGUGCUGGCUCCGGUCACCACCCUUGGGGUGUUUGUUAUUGUGAUCCUUCAGUGCUCGGUACAGACCGUGACGGCGAUACAGACGGAAAAGGAAGCCUACUUCAAUGGAUCUGCCUACCUGAGGUUAAAGACGCCAAUGACCCUAUGGAGCUAUUCGGCGAUUAGUUUCAAGUCGUGCCGAGGUGGAGAAAUUCUCUCCCAGCGCUAUUCAGGUCACGCCCUACUGGUGUCCGUCCUGCCCGACUGGGUAUCGAUCGUGCUGUCGACGCCGGCCCAGCAACCGAUCGAGGCCCGCGUGACCGGCCGCCUGCUGGACAACCGGUGGCACACGCUCGAGCUCAUCUACCAGGCCGGCACGCUGUACUGCGUGAUCGACAAGCAGUCGACCCCGAUCGCGAACCAGAGCUACAACGCGCAGCUAAUACACGACCAGGAGAUCAAGAACGAGGCGGCCGUCCUGAUCCUCGGCAAGCAGUACUCGGGCUGCCUGCUGCACGGCCCGGGCCUGGUGUUCAACUCGAGCGCGAUGAACGCGGAAGCGGUCGUGUUUGGACCGUGUCCGCUUGCGGCCGGCCCCUGCUCGGACCACGACGUGCUGGAGGGCGUCCCGGUCGACUACUGUUCGCACGAUCCGUGCAUGCAGCAUGGGACGUGCAUCUCGCGAUCGGACUCGUACGAGUGUCACUGCACUGCGCGGUUUAAGGGCAAAAACUGUGAGAUCGACAUGGGGCCGCCCUGCUUGUCGUACCCGUGCCAGCACGGAGGGACCUGCCUGGAGGACAGCAAGGGCGAAUAUCGUUGCACGUGUGCGCCGGGCUACACGGGUGCGGUGUGCGACACGGAGCUGAGCGUACAUCCGCUGUGCGAGAAGAACCCGUGCGCCAACAAUGGGACGUGCCGGGUCGCGCCCGGUACGAACACUGUCGAGUGUGAGUGUCUGAAGGGAUUCAUCGGGAUGCGGUGCGAGAUCAACUGGGACGACUGCAAGCCAAACGUGUGCCUCAAUGGGGGCCGCUGCAUCGACGGCGUGGAUGCGUUCACCUGUGACUGCAAGGGGACGGGCUAUGGUGGCACCCUCUGCCAGAACAACAUCGACGAGUGUCUAGCGAACCCGUGCCAGAACGGUGGCACCUGCUUCGACACGUACGGAUCGUUCCUGUGCGACUGUCCGUCCGGCUUUACCGGGCCCAAGUGUCAGAUGAGCGUGAACGAGUGCAAAUCGCAACCGUGCCAGAAUGGAGGCACGUGCAUCGAUACGCGGGAAGGAUUCGAGUGUCGCUGCAUCCCUGGCUACAAUGGAGCGCUCUGCGAGCUGGAACCAGGCUGUGGCCAGUGUCCACCGGACUCGGAGUGUAUCGCGGGACGAUGCGUCUGCAAACCGGGAACUACAGGCAUGGUAGGGCUUUGCGUAGAGCAGGUCACUGCCGCCGCCACCGCCACGAUCGCGACCAACGUCAAUGCCGCCGGCACAAGUGCACAGAAAUCUCAGGCCCUCACUAAUGCAUGCGCUAGCUAUUGCUACAACGGUGCCAGCUGCGUCCCGGCCCCGGGACCCGCCGGCUUCGCUCAAAAUUUUACCUGUCUUUGUGCUAGCGGAUACACAGGAACGCGCUGCGAAUCUCCGAUCGCACUCCCGUACUCCGACGAAUGCAACUGUCUGAACGGGGGCAGCUGCACACCGAACGGUUCGGCCUGCCUUUGCCCACCCGGGUACGAUGGGGCGCGCUGUGAGCAGCCCGUCGGCAACGGGCUUUGCAGUCCGGCCAACUGUGCCGAACCGUACCGGUGCAUCGGCGGCAAGUGCCAGUGCCCGGACAACAUGAACUGUGACAAUCCGUGCGCUUCGUCGCCCUGCCUGCACAACGGGUCGUGCUAUCUGCAGGGCCAGGGAUACGCCUGCAAAUGUACGUCCGGGUUUGAGGGCAAGCGGUGCGAGAACGACAUCGACGAGUGCAAGAAGGACGGUAUCUGCGGCAACGGCAUCUGCCAGAAUACGCCCGGUUCGUUCCGGUGCUUCUGUACGCCCGGCUACACCGGCCUCAACUGCGAUCUGGACGUGGACGAGUGCCUGAGCCAUCCGUGCAAGAACAACGCCGAGUGUCAGAACAAGCAGAACGAUUACGAGUGCAUCUGUCCGGCGGGCUACACGGGCAAGGAUUGCAGCGUGGACAUUGAUGAGUGUGAGAGCAACCCGUGCUCGAAGGGUUCGAGCUGUGUCGAUCAGGUGGCGAACUUUACGUGCAUGUGCGUGCCGGGCAUGACCGGUCGACUGUGUGAGAUCGAUAUUGACGACUGUGAGAGUCAACCAUGUCAAAAUGGAGGACGGUGUAUCGACCAGCUGGGUGGCUUCCAGUGCGACUGUAACGCGACCGGCUACUCGGGCAUCUACUGCCAGACGAACAUCAACGAGUGUGAAUCGAACCCGUGCACGAACGGGGCCGAAUGUGUGGACAAGAUCAACGACUACCAGUGCAACUGCUUCCCGGGGUACACCGGCAAGAACUGCGAGGAGGACAUCGAUGAGUGCGAAAGCGUCCCCUGUCUGUACGGUGGCACGUGCCUGCAGCGCUCCAACUACAGCCUGUACCAGCCGCCGGCGCUUGCCGGUGCCAAGGGACUGCCGGUGCACUUUGCGCAGCCGUUUUCGUACGCGAUCGCGGCCGGCUACGAGUGUAUCUGCGUGCCCGGCACGAUGGGCACGAACUGCGAGACGAACAUCAACGAGUGCGAGAGCAAUCCGUGCAAGAACGGCGCGUGCGUGGACGGCGUCGGCAACUAUACGUGCGAGUGCGACCCGGGCUUCGAAGGGUCGCACUGCGAGACGGACAUUGACGAGUGUCUCAAGUACCGGCCGUGCGUGCACGGCACGUGCAUGGAUGGCCGCAACAACUACAUCUGCGACUGCGACGGGCUGUGGGGCGGCAAGAACUGCUCGGUGCAGCUGACGGGGUGCGUUAACGAGCCGUGCCUGAACGGUGGCACCUGCGUACCCUACCUGGAGAACGAAACGCAGCACAAGUUCAACUGCUCCUGCCACCAGGGCUUCCAGGGCAAGACGUGCGACACGGUGACGACCAUGUCGCUGGUGGCGAGCAGCCUGCUCGUGGUCAACACGACCCGGGACGAGGGCUAUGACAUACAGCUGCGGUUUAAGACCACCCUGCCGAACGGUAUACUCGCGUUCGGGAAUGGCGCUACCUCGUACAUUCUGGUGCUGAACAAUGGCCGGCUGAAUCUGCACUCCGCGCUGCUCAACCGUUGGGACGGGGUGUUCAUCGGAUCGGAGCUGAACAACAGCAAAUGGCAGAAGGUGUUCGUGGCGAUCAACUCCUCCCAUCUCGUGCUGUCCGCGAACGACGAGCAAACGAUCUACCCGAUCAACUCGUACGAAGGCACGAACGGUAGCAACACGUCCUUCCCGAUCACGUACCUUGGCGGCACGAUCCCGUCGCUAGCGCAGCCCUACCUCAAACACAUUGCCCGCGCCGUGUCGAGCUUCGUCGGCUGCAUGGAGGACGUCGUCAUCAACGGGCAGUGGGUGCUGCCGGGCCAGGAGCAGGAGUUCACCACCCUGCACAACAUCGACACGGGCUGCCCCCGGACGCCGCAGUGCGAGCCGAACCCGUGCCACUCGAACGGCCACUGUACCGAUCUGUGGCACACGUUCUCGUGCAGCUGCCAGCGGCCGCAUCUGGGGCACACGUGCAAGUACAACAUUACCGCGGCGACGUUCGGGCACGAAAACACGACCAACUCCGCGGUGAAGGUGACGGUGAGCGAUGUGGCCCGCCGAGCGAUCCGCUCCGUGCUGGACAUUUCCAUGUUCAUCCGGACGCGCAAACCCUCCGGCCAGGUGUUCUACCUUGGGUCCGAUCCGGACAAUCAGAACGCCAACGCCAACCAGUCGCCGAGCGACGAUUCGUACGUCGCCGCCUUCCUGUCCAAGGGCGAGCUGCUGGUGCGCAUGAUCUUCAACGACACGCCGGAAGGCUACACGGUCGGUGGCAACAAGCUGGACAAUGGGUAUCUGCACCUGAUCGAGGUGAUCCGCAACUCGACCCUGAUCCAGGUGAAGCUGAACGGCACGGAGUACUUCCGCAAGACGCUGUCCACGUCCGGGCAGCUGAACGCGCAGGUCCUGUAUUUGGGUGGGCCACCGCCGAACGCCGACACGAUCAACAGCCUGUACAAGGACGACUCGGAGAAGCAGUACUUCAAGGGCAUCAUACAGGACGUGCAGGUGUCGAACGGGUCGCACGCCAUGAUCGUCGAGCUGUACCCGCUCGGCAACGAAACGGAGGGGCUGGAGCUGCCCGCCCCCUUCGGACAGGUCACGAUCGAUCGCACCUCCGUGCUGGAGGGUAUCGUGUCGGACGAUCUGUGCCGCAGCCAACCGUGCUAUCACGAUGCGUACUGCGAAAACACGUGGAAUGAUUUCAUCUGUACCUGCCCGCGAGGCUACAAGGGCAAGUACUGCCAGGACAUUCAGUUCUGCGAGCUGCAAAAGUGUCCGAUGAAUGCGACCUGCCAAAACCUGGACGCCGGCUACGAGUGCAUCUCCAACAUGACGUUCCAUGACGACAAGGAGCCGCUGGUCUUCUCGUUCAACGACAAAGACCGGAAGGACAUCAGCAUGGACACGAUCGAAAUUUCCUACCGCACCAAGUUCGGCGGCACGCUGCUGUACGUGCACGAUGGCGAUAUGUACUUCGAGAUCUCGACCAUCCGCCAGCUGGUAACGAUCUCGUGGCUGCUGUCGGGCGACCUGCCCGAGACGCACCGGUUCGAGCGGGAGCUGGCCGGCGAGGACGAUAGCUACGACUGGCACACGCUGCUGGUGAAGGUCAGCCAGGGCGGCAAGCUGGAGGCGGGCUGGAAGGGCUGGGAGACGGCGAUCGAUCCGCAGCCGAGCCUUACCGCCGACAUUGACUACUUCGCGUUCCGGCAUCUGUUCUCCGGCCGGCAGCAGAUCUACCUGGGCGGCAUGCCCGAGAUGGCCCACAUCGAGAACAACUCCGUGGUGAGCGGCGGCAUCGACAAGGGCUCGUCGUUCAAGGGCUGCCUGGGGGAGACGCGGGUCGGCGGGUUCCUGCUGCCGUACUUCCCGCACGAGCUCAUCUACCCGGACACGUUCAAUCUGACCGAGGGGCACUUUACGCUCAACUCGAGCCAGCCGGAGCAGGGCUGCAUCCUGUGCUUCCAGCAGUCGUGCAAGAACGGGGGCGUCUGCAGCAACCCGUCCGAGCAGUACGCGUGCGAGUGUCCGGCCGGGUACGAGAGUGACGAUUGCUCGCAAAACAUCGACGAGUGUCUGGCGGCGAACUGCGCGAACGGGGCGACCUGCGUCGACGGCGUCGCCAGCUUCGCCUGCCAGUGCGUGGAGGGCUACGAGGGUCAGCUGUGCGAGAUCGAAAUCAACGAGUGUGACUCCAACCCGUGCCACAAUGGGGGCGUGUGCCAGGAUCUGCUCGCUGGGUUCACGUGCACGUGCACGGAGGAGUAUGCGGGACCGCAGUGCGAUGUCUUCCGGCUGGUGACGUGCGAGAAUCUGCCGUGUCGCAAUGGUUCCCGUUGCGUGGAUGGAUACAAUAUGACCACCGGCAACAACUUCACCUGCACGUGCAGUGCCGGAUAUGCGGGUCCGCUGUGCGACGUACCGUUCUGCCGAUUGGAACCGUGCCAAAAUGGUGGAAUGUGUGACACGGAAGCAAUGAUUCCCGUCUGUAACUGUUUGCCCGGAUACGUGGGCAUGUUCUGCGAAACGGAACUGAACGAGUGUGAGUCGGCGCCCUGUCUGAACGGUGGUCAAUGUAUCGACUUCAUCAACGAGUACCGGUGCAACUGUACCGGUACCGGGUUCGAUGGCAAGAACUGCGAGCACGACAUCAACGAGUGUCUGCAGGAACGGAUCAGUUGCGGUGGCCGAGGACACUGCAUCAACACGGAAGGUUCCUUCAGAUGUCACUGUGAGGAAGGUAUGUGCGGGAAGGACUGUGCCCAGUCCGAUCCGUGCCAGGUGAACCCGAACGUCUGCCUGAACGGAGGCAUCUGCGUGGAGGAUUGUGAUAGAGAACGAAGGUACUACUGUAACUGUACCGGCGGUUACACGGGUGUCAACUGUUCUGAACAGGCGACACUAGAGGCCGAAGAAGCAUCCGGUGCGGACAUCGCACUCAUCGUCGUGCCGGUCGUGAUCGGCAUCCUAACGAUAGCCGGUGCGCUGAUCGGUACGUUCCUGGUGAUGGCGCGCAAUAAGCGCGCGACCCGCGGCACCUACAGCCCGAGCGCCCAGGAGUACUGCAACCCAAGACUGGAGAUGGACAACGUGCUUAAGCCACCGCCGGAGGAGCGACUGAUAUAGGGUAGUGGUGCUCGGUGGUUAGUUCUCUGUUAUUGUAGUCCCUUUUAAUAUGUGUAGUCCCAUUUUGUUUCAUUUAUGUCCCCCUGUGUCUUCCCGUUCCUUCCCAUUUCCUUUCAUAAGCUAAAAACAUUGUUCAUUGCCGUCCAAAAGCGAUUAUCAUUUUCGCCAGACAAAGAAGGGUUAGGAUUAAUUCUCCUUUUGCCGUCCUUCCUUCUGUCUUGGGCAAAAACCCGCAAAAGAGGAUAUUGGGGUACCUAAACCUUAGGGAAAAAUACACACACCCUUAAGCCCGAAUCCCAACCAAAGUGGGGAUUCUAAUUGUAAAAAGUUAGCGUAAGCGUCGAUGUAGUUGAUUGAGAAAACAAAAAUUAGUAACAACUUUCCAAUUAGGCAUACAAAAGCGUCCUAUCAGCACACACUCACACCGGGGUACCGCGCCACUGCACACGACUUGGGGUGGUUUUGCCUCACUUUACUUGUAUUCAUUUUAACGUCUGUUUUUUUGGUUUUUAAACGCCUCAGCUGAUAACAUUGUGAUAUUCAUCAACUGCUCGGCUAACAACAGUGGUGCACCGCGAAAAGCGUUCGAUUAUCCAGCCCCUGGGUGUGCGAUAGGUAGCGCAAAACAGGAGCAAUGGGACAUUUUAUACCACUUACAACACCUUCGUUGAACAAGAUUGAAGCAUUUUUACUAGAUCCAACGACAAUCAUAGACACACACACACACUUAUCGUGUUCCGAUGUGAUUCCUCGACUGUGGUAUGAGGAUUAUUCGCAAAGGGAUGGGUUAAACAUUCCUGGCAGACAUCUAAUGUGCCUACAAAAUUUUGUGAUCUAUGCCCGAACGGUGACGUAGGUGAACUCAGCAUGCUCCAAUUUCCUCACACUCAAACAACGCUCAGGACAAGGUUGUCUGUGCAGGUGAAGUUAGUGUUAAUCUUUUAAUGCCCUAUACUUAUGCGACCAAAAGUGCAGAUAGAAUCACAUUACAGAUAUGGUUAAUGAAACACGUAUGGUUUUUGUAGGCGAUACAGCUGUCAAGCUACUAUAUGAUACUAUGAAUCUUUAGCAACCAAGAAUGCAAAUGUCCGCCGUGUGAGAGAAGAGAAAAGCGACGGACAACACUUUACAAAACGGGGAUAUUGUGCGCGUUUCCUCCAAACACAGCAAACUGCUUCUAGAGUUGCAAACAACUCGUUUUUACUAAACUCAACCAGGUUUCGUGCGUUCAAACAGGAAAGCUGCUAAAUCAACCCCAUCCAAAAAAAACGCGAAGGAUGAAUAUUUUUGUAAAGUAGAACCGUAGCGAUGCAUAAUUUUAUUCUAUAAAACGACAGUGUUCAGAGCAUGCCGAACAUGUUUUGAGGAAAAGUUACUUAAACGAACGAUCGAUAGCCAGUAAGGUAAAACUAAUCGAAUGCCGGAGUGUAAGCUUGGUGCGUAAUAAAUUUCGUUCGCUCAAGUAGAUACCACUUGAGUACCGUGUA